UCCUGAGCGACGGCCGCGAAGGCGGGGGCGGAGGCUCGGCCUGCGCGGCUGGGAGCGGCUUAGGGGAGGAGGGAAGACCGGAAGCCACGGUCGCGUCCCGAUCCUUAGAUUCGCUCCUCCGGGCAGGGAGCGGAGGCUGAGGAGGAGGGAGAGGCUGGAUGUUGGCUCGGUAAUUGAGGGGAGCGGCCGCUCCGGAGCCUCCUCCCGGGGCGCCCCCCUCAGUCCGCCGCGCUUCUCAGCCGCCCGUCUCCUGGCCGCGCAGUCCUCGCGGACGGCCGGGCCGCGGAGACCCUCGCAGAAGAGGCGCUGCCGGCGGCAUCCGAGGCGCGCGCCCCACCGACACCCCCACCCUUCUGCCCGCCGGUCCCUCCGGCCGCCGCCAUGUCCUCCUCUUCUUCCUCCCCCAGGGAGACGUACGAGGAGGACCGGGAGUACGAGAGCCAGGCCAAACGUCUCAAGACCGAGGAGGGGGAGAUCGACUACUCGGCCGAGGAAGGCGAGAACCGCCGGGAAGCGACGCCUCGGGGCGGGGGCGAUGGCGGAGGCGGCGGCCGGAGCUUCUCCCAGCCGGAGGCAGGUGGAAGUCAUCAUAAAGUUUCUGUUUCACCCGUCGUCCAUGUUCGAGGACUCUGUGAAUCUGUGGUGGAAGCAGACCUUGUGGAAGCGCUGGAAAAAUUUGGGACAAUAUGCUAUGUGAUGAUGAUGCCAUUUAAACGACAGGCUCUAGUGGAAUUUGAAAACAUAGAUAGUGCCAAAGAAUGUGUGACAUUUGCUGCAGAUGAACCCGUGUACAUUGCUGGUCAACAGGCUUUUUUCAACUAUUCUACAAGCAAAAGGAUCACUAGGCCAGGAAAUACUGAUGAUCCAUCAGGAGGCAACAAAGUUCUUCUGCUCUCAAUUCAGAAUCCGCUUUAUCCAAUUACAGUGGAUGUUUUAUAUACUGUCUGCAACCCUGUUGGCAAAGUGCAGCGUAUUGUUAUAUUCAAAAGAAAUGGGAUACAAGCAAUGGUUGAGUUUGAAUCAGUCCUUUGUGCCCAGAAAGCUAAAGCAGCACUCAAUGGAGCUGAUAUAUAUGCUGGAUGUUGCACACUAAAAAUUGAAUAUGCACGGCCAACUCGUCUAAAUGUUAUUAGGAAUGACAAUGACAGUUGGGACUACACUAAACCAUAUUUGGGAAGACGAGAUAGAGGAAAGGGUCGCCAGAGACAAGCCAUUUUGGGAGAACACCCUUCUUCGUUUAGACAUGAUGGCUAUGGAUCCCAUGGUCCAUUAUUGCCUUUGCCAAGUCGGUACAGAAUGGGCUCUCGAGAUACACCUGAGCUUGUUGCUUAUCCAUUGCCGCAGGCUUCUUCCUCUUACAUGCAUGGAGGAAAUCCCUCUGGUUCAGUUGUAAUGGUUAGUGGAUUACAUCAACUAAAAAUGAAUUGUUCAAGAGUCUUCAACCUAUUCUGCUUAUAUGGAAAUAUUGAGAAGGUAAAAUUUAUGAAGACCAUUCCUGGUACAGCACUGGUAGAAAUGGGUGAUGAGUAUGCUGUAGAAAGAGCUGUCACACACCUUAAUAAUGUCAAAUUAUUUGGGAAAAGACUUAAUGUUUGCGUGUCUAAACAACAUUCAGUUGUUCCAAGUCAAAUAUUUGAGCUGGAGGAUGGUACGAGUAGCUACAAAGAUUUUGCAAUGAGCAAAAAUAAUCGCUUUACAAGUGCUGGCCAAGCAUCUAAGAAUAUAAUCCAGCCACCCUCCUGUGUUUUGCAUUAUUAUAAUGUUCCAUUGUGUGUCACAGAGGAGACCUUCACAAAGUUGUGUAAUGACCAUGAAGUUCUUACAUUCAUCAAAUAUAAAGUGUUUGAUGCAAAACCUUCAGCCAAAACACUUUCUGGGCUAUUAGAAUGGGAGUGCAAAACUGAUGCAGUAGAAGCCCUGACGGCACUGAAUCACUAUCAGAUAAGAGUCCCGAAUGGUUCCAAUCCCUAUACAUUGAAGCUUUGCUUUUCUACAUCAUCCCAUUUAUAAGAAGAGAAGAGCAUGUUAGAAUUUAUGUUCACCUUUAUUAACAAUUUCAAAGCUACACUUCAUUAAAAAAAUCUAAAAUGGUUGAUCUCAUGUUGCCUUGCUUACUUUAAGAUCCUGUUCUGUAAUAAACAUAUUUUGCCUUGAGUAAAUUUGUUGUAAACUUAAAUAUUGAAUUGUUUUCAUUUUAAGAUAGAAUAUCAUAAUGUAGACUAUCUACAGCUUCAUUGUAGAUUAUACAGAUACAUAAUUUCUAACCUUAUUACUGUAAUUUUUCUUCCACAGUAAAAAUAUAUUUGCAUUCUUAAUGCUAAUUAUCUGCAAGUAUUUUUUCAUUGUGUAAGAGAUUAAUGCAGGUGAAAGUAUUGCAUUUUAAUAUAGAAUUCCUAUUAUAUGUUUAGAUGUUUAAGUAUGUUGCAGUUACUCAUAUUAAACAUAACUUGUAUUUAUUAUUUUAAUCAAGUUUGAGAAUAACAUUACAUAUGUUGAAUUUUAAGUACUACAGAUUUAACUGAUUUUAUAUUUCUGAAAGGCUAACAGACAUGGAUACACUUGUACAGUAUGCAUUCAAACUUAUUUAAAUUGGUGUAUUUUUUUUUAAGUCAGUGUCCAUUUGUAUUGACAUGCCUCUGUUUCUAGUCCAGUUUGGAGAUUUUAUAAACUUAUAACAAUGAGUUAAUGUGUUCAUUUUCAUUUGUUGCAUGUGACUUAAAUCUUAAAUACAGCUAGUAUUUGGCAUUGAGAUUUUAAUAGAGGUUAUAAUUAACAGUUCUCUUAUAGAUAAUAAUCUGGGAUCUAUGGGUGGGCUUCAGAGAAUCUGUGUACCCCCUAAAAUUGUAUGUAGAAUUUUGGAUAUUUACAUUUUUAUUUUUUACUCUUGAAUCCAUCAGUAAUAUGUAUUUUUCUAUAUGGUACAAGAUUUAAGGAUCUAAUUUUAUUUUUAUUCCAAACAGAUAGCUAUUUGUCUCAAUACCAUUUAUUAAACAUUCUUUCUCCCACUG